AUGAGGAAAGAAGGAGACCUAUUCCUCGCUCCGCCUCCACCGAACGUGGAGGCAAUAGAUUUGGGCGCUCCCCUGGAUCUCUGCGUGAAGCGGAGAGAUCGCUCCCCUGAUGAAGAUGUCGAGCUGCCUACACCGCCGAAGUUAGUGCGGAAUUCAGCUCCGCCAUCUUUAAGGCCGCACCAUCAGCAAAUAUCCAAAGCCAGUUUAGAGGCUCUCGGUGUCGGCACGACCGCAUUCGAAAUUCACCAGGAACAGAUUCGCCAAUUGCAAAUGAUCUCGGGUCUUUUCGGGCGAGCUCUCGUGGACUCGGGCAUUCCCACUCUUCCACCGAUGCCUCAGCUCAAACAGAGGGAGCAGUCUGCUGUCGGUUUGGCAGCCCUGAGCGAAACGUCGAGUCUCGGAGGUUUUUCCGAAGAUGAAGAGGCUGGAUCCUCCCAUUCCCAAGGAAGGAAAUCCCAAGAUUCACACUCCGACCACGAAGCUGACGACGCGUCUAAUCGGGGCACGCCCAACACAGAGGAAUUGCUCAGAAAGCCACUAUUAUUGGGUUUCAGAAGGGAAACUCUAAUCAAGAGCAUUUCGAAACUAGGCGUUCGAGGAGAGGUUACGUACUACGGACCUUGCGGCAAAAGACUGAAAAGUUAUCCCGACAUCAACCGAUACCUACAACGCAAAGGAUUCGCCGCUGUUCUGGCUCGCGAAAACUUCACUUUCAACAACAAGUUCAACAUAGGCGAUUUUUUCGAGGGCGGAUAUCCGAAGGAUGGUGGAUGCCGUCUGAGCGAAGGGGAGGUCAAUCAGCGCAUAGACAACCUCAGGGGGGACUCCGUAUCACGGAAGAGAGUCGCCAUGGACCGCGCCUUCCAAAAGGAGCGAGAACGUGAACGUGAGAAAGAACGACAGAAACAACGUGAACUCGAGAAAGAGAAGAAAAAAGAAGAACAACGACUGGAAAAAGAGCGUCGGCUGAAAGCGCUUGAAGAAGAGAAAAAGCGAAAGCAGGCCGAGGCCGAAAGUCGGAGACAGGCCGAAAUACUUGCAAAGGUUCAAGAGAGAGAACUUCGGAGGCAGCAACAAGCUCUUUUACGAGAGCAAGAAAUGGCGAAAAGACGUGAGAUGAUCGCCAUGUUGGAUACAGAAAGAGAACGAAGACGUCAACAUCUUGGACUUAUACAAGCUCUCGUGCUUUACCAGAAAUCAAGGGAUCAGGUCCGGGAGGUCGAACCGCCGCCUGAACAGAAAGCCGCAGUCGAGGACCUCGAGCUAGCAGCUGAUCCAAAGUCGCGCGCGCUGAGCUUGCCAAGAUUAGGCAAGCUCCGCGUUCCAGCAAGCGCGUACGCAAAUCUUCUCCUCGUCGAUGAAUUUCUCACCACGUUCCAGAAGUGCGUCGGUUACAAAGGAACGAUUCCCUCUCGAGCUGAAUUAGAGAAAGCCCUCGUGAACGAAGGUUUCGAGGACGAACUGUGCUCUCUUGUUGGUCAACUUUUGGCGAUCUGUAUCGUUGACCCCGGCUUACAAAACUCUCGGGACGCAUCGACAGUGACGGGACAACAUCUCAGGGACAUCACCAUAAAUCGUUUCACUCUCACCGAAGCACUGAGGUUGUACUUCUUAGCGCUUGACAAAGACGGUGCCAUUUACCAAUGGGUUUGUGAAAAACCGUUCUUGGCUCUGAAUCCGACCCAAAAGUCAGAGAUUGUGGCAUUCCUGUGCAACGAAUUGUUGUCGAAUCGGUCAGUCGUCCGUCACAUUGACAAUUGCACGGAACAUCUGUCAAUACUUAGAAGAGACCGAGGAAUAGUCGAAGGAGAGCUCAACAAAUUACGUGCUGUCCAGAGAGUUCGCGCCCGUCGUGCGGAGGAGAGAGAAGCCGCAAGCAAGGAAGAGAAAGCCGCGGCCGAGAGCGGUGAUGCACAGUCAGCGACGUCAGCAGUAGCACCGGCGCAACCUCCAGGCCCUCCUGUUGUGGACGCACCGCAUCCUUGCAAUGAUGAACCAAAUUCGGCCAUGAGCGAUGAUCAACUAGAUAACAAAGUAGCUAAGAUGGAACAGACGCAAUGCGAGUUGUCGAAGAAGAUUCUGGAAACAGCCGCGGCGAUACGGUCGACAAUGCUGGGCCAAGACAGAUACCGGAGACGGUUCUGGAUUCUUGCUCAAAACGGUGGGAUCUAUGUCGAAUCAUUGGAAUCUGCCGAGCAAGAUGGAAUCGGAGAUUUUGACGCCGACAUGUUGAGUGCGACCGACGGUACCGAACAAGAAAUCAACGACGACUCCGGUCCACUAAGUGAUAUGGAAGAAGAUGACGAAGGAUCUCAAGAGUCGAAGAAGCCUGUGGAACCGAAGAAAGAAACAACAGACGAAACGGUGAACACGACAAAAACUGAAGACGACGCCACCGAUCACGACAAAGAGAACGAAGUGAAGUCUGACCUCCUGAACGAAAUGCCCGAGAUCAAAACCGAGGCCAAGACCGAGCCCGCGGAGAAACCUGUUGAAGAUAAAGCCGAAACCCCCGUUGAGAAGAACGGUGAAUCUCCCGAUAUCAAGGACCCGGUCGAGGACACGAAGAAGAUCGACGUCAAGGAUGACUCGAAGCCUAAGACGGAGCAGCAAGAAGAUCCGAAAGCCUCCGAAAUGGAAGCCCCUACGGAGCCCAAGCAGGAACCGCUCAAAACGGAACCUGGAGCCACGGCCAACUCGACCGACCCUGCAGCUCAAAUGCAAGCCGUUCUCCGAAGUAUGGGGAUCCAAGACGAAAUGGCCCAACUACUGCUGUCCAAUCCCUUCUUCACGUCCAUGCUAGCUACGACCAUGUUGAUGCAGGGCGGGAACAUGGCGAACAUGGCAACCAUCCUGGGUCAGCUUCAACAAUUGGUAACGCUGCAAAAAGGGGCCCUCCCUGGAGGUUCUGCGGGGGCGUUGGCUUCGAACGGCGUCUCAAAUCCUCCCAUCCCGAAUGCCGCCACCGCAGCAGCCUCGAGUCCUCCAGACGGGGCUACCACGGCCACAGCGACGUCGAAUCCGACCAUUGGUGCGUCAGCCAUGACGCCGGUGAGCCAGCUUGCCGGCUCCGCGAUGGGGGACGCUACCGCUAAUUUUGGAGCGGGGGCGCAUCCUCCCGCCACCGAUGCGACUGGCUUGUCCUCGGCACCAUCAACGUCUUCUACGGCGGCCGCGGGUGCGUACUCCACCGCGACAGGGAAAUGCGGUUCCGAAACCGCUUCGUCAACCGGAAUGCCCGGGAAUGCAGUCCCCACGUCGGCCAAUAACGCUUCCGCGAGUUCUGGUCUCCCAGAAGGCGUCGUGCAAACAGCGGUCAGCGCGGAGCAGGCUUUGAAGAAUAUCGCACAGAAAAAAGCUGAGCAGCUGGAGCAGGCGAAUAAUGGAAAUCACCGUCGAUGGUUCAAUAUUUUGCCACGUGAAGGUUGCGACGGGUCGGGAGUUGUAGAGGAACCGAUGGAAGAAGAUCGAGACGAUGAGGAAGAAGAUGAAUCCAUGGACGAGUCUACCGAAGAGAAAAGACUGCAAACGAUUCCGCAGGUCCUUCGCAAGGGCUGGUGGAAGAUCACGAAGCGCGGUGAACUAGACGAUCUGUAUAAGGUGCUCAACUCGGACGGGUAUCGAGAGAAAUAUCUCUCGGAAUCCCUGUCCAAGGUGCUCAUGUACAAUCCCGACGAAGUUCCGUUCGGACUGAAGGGCGAUCCGAACGACGCGCUAUCCGGUCUGGACUUGCCCGCUCCCUCUCCCGAUUACGAAGAUCAGUGGAACCCCAAGGCUGCCCUCAAAGUAGAGAUUGAACUACUGAACGAACUGAACUCGUUGCAGGAGAGGGUGCUGCAAGCCAGCAUGCAGGUUCGUGGCGUAAGGAACGACGAGGAUGACGUAACGAUUCCUCAGAGCGUCGAUGAUCCCGCUUGGAUGGCUAGCACAGCAUUCCUUCUUCACGAGAAGUUCGUCAGGGCUAAGGAAGAGAAACUCUAUGGAAGACAAAAGGCUAAACGACAGCGGAAUAACAAGAAGAAGAGCCGAGCGGAACGUCGGCGACUCGCAGCGUUGGCGAAAAUUCAAACGAAACCGAAUGAAGAAGAGGAAGAGGAGAAAGAAGAGGACGAAGAAUCCGAUGAAGAUCUCAAACCUCCCACACCUCCACCCGGUGUCCACAAUCCCAUCGAGAUCGCCAGAGAAAGACUCCUGAAUCUGGAAUCGGCAAUAGAGCGAAGAUAUCUGCGACCACCUCUGGGUCGGGGUCAGGUUCCGAUACCCCACGGUCCGACAACGGCUAGUUCAACGAGGGGAGGUUUCAAUCACCGAGAAGAGAAGAAAGACGAAGAGGAUAACAUCUCGAGAGAACUUCGAAGAUGGCGCGAUGGCGUCGCCAAAUGCACCGGUGCUGCUCAGGUUCAUCUCUGCCUGAUGCAACUCGAGUCGUGCAUCGCUUGGGAAAAGAGCAUCAUGAAAGCGAACUGCCAGUUCUGCGGGAGUGGUGAAAACGAGGAAUCUCUUUUGUUGUGUGAUGCGUGUGAUAAGGGUUACCACACGUAUUGUUUCAAACCGGAAAUGGUUGUUCCGCAAGGCGACUGGUUCUGUUUCGAGUGCAUAAACUCGGUGAAUCUCAACAAGGUAUGCGUCAUCUGUGGUAAGCCAGGCAACACGAAAAUGGCUCAGUGCGAUGUGUGUCCGAAAUUGUUCCAUCCAGUAUGCGUGAAUCUCGCGAAAGUCCCGCCAAGGAAAUGGACUUGUGUUGCAUGUACUGUACCCACGGUAGAGAUGCCGGAAAUCGAGACUCCCGCGCCAUCGAAAAAGAGGUCUUCGAGCAGCAGAAAUCGCAGUUCGGCCAAAGCGAAGAGCAAAAGCGCUUCUGCUGAAGCCGCCGUAGCGAUCGCGGCUGUCAACGGCCAGGAUAAGAACGAAAAAGGAGUCGAAUCCAAGGAUGCCAAGGAAGUCAAAGACGUGAAAGAAUCCAAGGACAAGAAAGACGCUAAAGAGACUAAGGAAGGCAAAGAGGUUAAAGAAACCAAGGAGCCCAAGGAGUCCAGGGACAGUAAGGAGAAGGAUAGAGAGAGGAUGAAAGAGAAGGAGAAAGAAAAGGAGAAAGAGAGGGAGAAAGAAAAGGAGAGAGAGAAGGAGAAAGAGAAGGAGAAAGAGAAGGAGAAAGAGAGGGAGAAAGAGAAGGAGAAAGAGAAGGAGAAAGAGAAGGAGAGAGAGAAGGAGAAGGAUGUGGCCGACGGGGCUCCGAAAGAAAAACGUGCUAGGAAGGGACGCGCCAGCGCUGCGUCUCUCAAGAAACAACAACAGGCUUCGGAGAGGGUUCUCGGGGAAUGCAAGUUACUUCUAGACGAACUAUGCGAUCACGAUGCUGCGUGGCCCUUUUUAUAUCCUGUCAAUCCGAAGGAAUGCCCGACCUACAGGAAAAUCAUCAAGAGGCCCAUGGAUCUCCAGACGAUCCGGAACAAAAUCGAAUCCGGGGUCUACAAUAAUUGCGAGGACUUCGCGGAUGACGCCCGUCUGAUGUUUUCAAAUUGUGAAGUUUUCAACGAGACCAAUUCACCCGUUGGCAAGGCAGGACGGAGACUCCGAUUGUUUUUCGAAAAACGAUACACGGAAAUCCUGGACAGUAGCUAGACCUUUGCCCGGCGAAAUUACCUCGAUUAGUUGUGAGCGGCGAGUACUUAUUACGCAUACGUAUUACGUAUAAAAUCCCGCCAGCCAGACGAAAGAAAGUCUCGACGCCAUCUCGGACUCGGACUGAAACCUGCUCCGGGUCGGUCGGGUGACGCUUAUUGUCGCUUCGCAUCGAAGAAAAGCUCCACGCGAAGUUCAAGGACGUGAUAGGGAGAAGAUGGUUCAUAAUAUAUAUAUUUAUAUUCGAAUUCGCCAGAAGGAGCUUCCCCAGCAGUCGUGGGCUCUUGAAAAUUCCUCGAUGGAGAUGAAUACGGUGGAUGGGAUAGGGUUCAAGAUGUCCUCAUUCCCGUGAGAUCUGAAUUCUGGUGCGAGGCAGAGAAGUGGCUUGAACUGACAACACUGCCUGAGAUCACAUUCAC